AUGGAACUCAAAACCAUCGCAAUCCUCGGCCCCGGAGGCCCCCUCGGCACCGCCAUCCUCCAUGAACUCCUCCAACAACCCUCCCCCACCUCCCUCCUCGCCGCCUUCUCCAACCAAGACGCAAUCGUAAACUGCAUCACCGGCAGCGCAACCCAGUAUGCCGCCUACCGCCUCAUUAUUGACGCUGCCCUGGCCGCGGGUGUCAAAUUGUUCUUCGCAAACGAGUUUGUGAGUGAUGUGCGGAGUCCGCGGUAUACGCGGUUGCCCGAGGGGUUUGUAGGGGCGAAGGCCAGGAUAAGGAGGGAGUUGGAGGACAUGGGGAGGCAAGGAAAGAUGGCCUGGGUUGGGUUGAAUGGCGGGGCUUUUAUGGAUAUGUGGCUUACAAAAGGUCCUGCGGGCUUCUCCCUGCCUACAUCUCACGCUCGCAUUUAUGGGACAGGUAACGUCCCGCUGUACUGGACCCCACUGCCCGUUCUUGCCCGUGCAGCCGCAUGCAUGCUUCGCAACCCAGAGCCAGUAAUGAAUCGCGCCAUUCAUAUUUGUCCGUUUGUAGCGCGACCGGGUGAGCCCUCGUGUCUUACGCAGCGUGGGUUGCUGCGUGUGCUGGAAGAGGAGUUGGGCACGAAGUUUGAGGUCGAGGAGGUGGAUGUGGAGCGGAUUUUUCGAAAUGCAAUGACGGUUUUGACGAGGUAUGAGAGGGGGGAGCCUGGGGGAGAGAGGAUUGCGCAGGCGGUUAAGGGGUUGGCGGUUUGCAAUCAGUUUUAUGAAGAGGAAGUGGGUGGACGGGGGUCGUUUAGCGACUUAGUGGAGAAUGAGAUUGUGGGGGUUGAGAUGAUAGAUGUGAGGGAUGCCGUUAGGGAUGCUAUCAGUCGGUAUGGAAGGGAUUGUGCUGUUGUUGAGGGUAUGUUCAGAGUGCAAGCUUGUGAAGUUGAAGAAAUUUGAAAAACGUCCUUGGAAGGGCAUCAUAUCUCCUUAUAUUCUGUCAAUCAAAUGAAGAAGUCACAAGAUGCAGAGGGGCAUGAAUUUAUCCAUU